GAGCACAGUGGUGACGUAUUUGGAGCAGUCUUCCGAAGGGACACAACGCCGGUAGCGACACACUACCACGAGUACUGACAAAUUAAUCAGUAUUUCUGCAGGAUGGAUCCUUAUCAGAACCAAAGACCUCAACAGAACAACACUGACCCAAACGUUCCGAAAAAUGACCCACCUGAAAACCCCAGCAAGAACUCUCCUGAAUCACAGCAUCAACCGCAAUAUGUUUCUGGAUUUACCAUGAUUCCACCUAAUGCAACUCGGAGAAACAACCUGACAACAAUGUCCCAAAGAGAGUUACAAAAUCUUCAAGCAUACAGAGAUGCACAAAGGUCUGCUCCUGUGCACAUGAAUCCUGAGAGACUUGGAGGAAGAGGGACAAUGGAUGAAGCCCGUGAGCACCAGGAGCAAAAACAGCGCCUCUCUAAACUACAGAAAAAGCUGAAAAUGGAAGAAGACAAGAAAAGACAGAAAGAAGAAGAGGAAAAGAAGAUACAGGAAAAAAAAGACAUACAAAGAAGAAAGGCUGAACGUUUGGAACAGAACCGGAAACAAGAAGAUGAGUUGAGGAAGAAACAGUUUGCAGAGGAUCACCGGAGGGUGAACAAUGACUACUUGCAAAAAUAUAAGAGAGAGGCCUUAGCUUCUAGAAAUGCCUCAUCAGGAAUCAAUGAACCUGUUCCUACCACUAGUGACGUGCCAAAUGUGAAAAUGAGUCUGGAAGAAAAACAACUGGAACAGAAGAGGAAAAAUGCAGCGUUUCUGGACAGACUAGAGCAUCAAAUGAAGACUGCAAACAAGUCUGGUGAAUCAUCAUCUUCUCCUUCUCAGUCUCCUCCAGGACCAGUGUGCUCUGGACACACAGCUGCAGAUGCCUCUGAACCAGAGUUUGACUGGGCCUUAAUGAAGUUGAUGAGUAACUUCCCUCACUUUGACAAAGACGUUCUACAAGGCUUCCUCAGUCAAUGCAAUGGUGACUACGAACAAGCCUAUGAGUUUCUCUCUUAGUGAAAUGUAUUUGAAUGGCUUUAAAGGUGAAUGAAUCUUUUGUAUGUCAUUCACAGCCCCAUGUGUUUUUGAUUGUUUCAGUGAUUACGUUUUGGAUAAAGUGACACUUCUCAGCACAUCUUGACAUGGAGAUGCUUUAGCUGAAUAAAAGUUUAGACACAUAUCUUAAUUUAACCAGUAUGCUCCUCAUUGGGUGAGGCCAAAUACACUAUGUUGUGCCAUGUAACAGUAUCUGUAAAUGUACAAUCCAUACUACAAGAAAUAUUUGCUAUAGGGGAAAAAUGUCAAUGCAUGACAAAAGCAAAAGGGACCAGUUCAUUUCAAAUUAUGGUGCCCUAAUUGAAUAUAGUACAUUUUUAUAAUAUUGUGCAUCCAUCUACUUAUUAUCCAUAUAUAUCCAUUAUAUCCAAAGUCUUACCAUAUAUAUAGAUAUAACUAAUCAAUUUAAUAAAUUGCAGGGGGGAAAUGCAGUUUACGAGAAAUGAAUUUGUGACUCUUUAUGAAAAGCAUCUGUAGCAACACUUUCAAGCUGAAAUGUGUGACUUGAAGCACUGCAGAGUUGGACAUAGAAACAGUUUGUUCACCUAACAGAGGGAACAAAGCACAUAGGGUGGUAUUCCUAUUCUGGGGGAGCUGAAAUCCCCUUAUUGUGAUAUGCAGUCAUGUCAGGGGCCCUGCUGAUGUCAUCUGGCAAAACCUCGAUUUGCAGAUUAAAGGAAACAGUGAGAGUACCACAUCUGUGCACAAAAGACUGUGUAAGAUAAUAUUUGGAAAAAUGUCAAAUUACCUUUUGUGUGUUGAUAAAUUAAGUCUGGGUGGGACAAACUGAAUCACUUAGUUUGCAUUCACACUUGUCCUUGUUUGGUCUGCUUUGAUCCCAGUCUUGAAGUAGACUGGUUUUGAGCUGUUUUAUUUCUGGUUUAUUCUUGAUCUAGAUCUAAUUUUGUGUUGUGUUGUGUGUGUGAGUGCUGCUAUAUACUUAGUAUCUCACAUAUGUCACAGUCCUUUAAAGGAUCUCUAUCUAACCUUUCUGGUGGGGAUCUGACAGCGAAGAUAUGUUGUGUUGUCUUGAUUGUUCCAUUGUAUGGCAUGGCAACUAUCUUUCUUUCUAAUCUACUUUGCAUGUAUUCAGUUAAGGGUAUUUUUUUAGAAAAUAUCUUUCUAUUUGUGAGAUGGGUCAACUCGCUACAGAUCUCACCUGUAACUUGAUGACAUUACCUGCUGUCUUCAAGUUCAAUGCCUUACUCAAAAUUUCAUGCAAAGCAAUACAGUCCUCGUGGAGACAAGGAGGUGGCGGACGCUAAUAGUUAGAUGGUGCACUUAUAAAUCCUUUGGAGCUACAUAUUGUACCUGCAGUGAUGGGAAGAAUACUUUGAAAAUGUAUUUAGUUACAGAAUACUGAAUUAAAAGUAUUCAGUAUCUGUGUUCUCUGUACAUGUAUUCAGUUUCUUUCCAACAUGUAUGUGCAUGUGUAUCUGUUAAAUGCAUAUUUGUUUAAGAGUCAUUUUAAUGAAUACUUGUUGCCUGUACACAAACAAGGCUGACAACAUAUUUUAAAUUCCUAUUGAAUUAUUAAAAGCAUGACUAUGAAUAAUGUUAAAUUUAGUAACUCGUCAUCAAGUGUUUGGAAUCGUAUUCAUAGUUCAGUAGCAGUUGUAUUUUUUUUUAGUUUUUCAGCAACCUCAAAAUAUGUAGUUCUCUUUUUUUAUACACAUAUCUUAAUUUCCUGCUAUUUAAUAACACAACCUCAAAUGCCUAUCAAAAUAUUUUUGAUAAUCCGAGACAUAAAUCUUUAAUGUCUUUUCUGGUGGAGGGUCUGCCACCUGUUUGUCUUUCUGGAAAUUUUAAUGAUUUACCUGGGAUGUUCCCCAGUAUGGCAUUAAAUAUGUUUUUAUUGCAACAAGAAUCUUGAACAUGUAUUCAUUUCUGACCUGUAACUUGGCUUGAAAGGGUCAUCUGAUUGUAUCCAUGGAGAUACAAUUUAAUAUUAUACUCCAGACAUUCCCAGCUAAGCGAUAACAUCUCCAUGCAGGCAAGCAGGUGGCAGACAAAGACUAAACUAAAACUAAACUAUAAACAAUCAAAGCUAAACCAGGACUAAAACAGAAGGGGGAUAUAAGUAGGACCAGUAUUAUAAAGCAGGGUUAAUCAUGUUAAAUGAGUAACAUAGCACUAAAUAAAUAUUGACUCAUUUUUGUAUGAGCUGAGUUCUGUCAGUUCACAAAAAGAAUCAGGAGAGAAUAAUCUCAAAAUGAAACGCUACCAGCAGAUUCCACAUACUUUCCUGAAUGUGCUGAUAAAGGUCUUCUUUUCCACAUUUUCUGUGUGUCAGCAAAUUCAUCUUAUAAGCAUACUCCCUGUCUUAUCCAAUGUAAAGGGGAUUUUAGGGUAUUUUUGUAUCUGGUCUAAUCACAGAGGGGUGUGGGCACUGCUCAAAUUAUAAUCAUGAUCAAAAUGUUAUGAUUCUGGACCAGAUGGAAACAAUAUCUUGUGGUAGUGUGAUUGUAUGUGUGAGACGUAGGUCUUAUUGUCUAGCCAUUUGUGUGGAGUUUGUGUUUUAUUACCUCCCUGAUUUAAGCUGCAGUUUUUCUCUGGUUUCUGAAAAUAAAAAAAUAUGAGUGUAAAUAA